AUGGUGGAGACUGGGGAUCUGAAGACGAGGAGGAGGAGGAAGAGGAAGAGCAACCCCCUGCUGUACCUCGGCCCCCCAUAUGCAACACAUAGAACCACCAGCUCGUCAGAGUUGAGCUCCAGGCGUCCAUCGGGGCUUGGAUAUGGUGGCGAAGAAUCGCGAGCCAGUCUAGCUGCCGCAACGCCGACUGGAGGUGAUCAGAAAAAUCUGCCAUUUGUCAGGCCGGCCGACAAUUACAGACGCGCAUCAGAUGAGCCACCAGCUCUACAAGGGCCGGCGGGCUUCGGGGCUCAGUCGGAGCCUCUGAAAAGUGUUGAGCCAACACCGCUUGGAGCUCAUACUCCGAAUAUAACUCAAAAUGCGCCCGUGGGGCUGCCUGAGGUCAAGCGCUUCUCUGGCUUCGGAUCUGAUUUCUUCACUGGAACUGACUCUAACCAGCAAAAUCUGAGCUCCGAUCAGAACUCUCUACGCCACAACCCCUCGCAAGCCUCUGAGACCUCACAGGGAUUCCGAUCGGUGGUCCACCAAGCGUUUGAUGUUCCUGAAACUCCAAACUCCACUACCGACAGUGUGGCCCGUUCCAACAGCGAUGGCACAUCUGUGAUUAGCCCUAUUAUGAGCCACCGCGUGCCCACCGAUGACAAGACUCCCACGAUUCCCGAAGAGCCUGCCGAUGCCAGCACUCCGACAGGCGCUCCACAAGAGGCGGCCGAGGCACCAUUCUUCAAGCCUGGCCAUCGGCGUGACAUCAGUCUUCCAGAGCGAGAUAACAGUCCCUCCAAACGUCCCAUCGUUACCGACCAUGAUACACCUUUGGCUGGUCGAGCGGAGGUUACAUCAGUAUCUCCAGGGCAAGAGAACAGGUCACCUGAGCGAUCUGUCGACACCACUGCCGCGCCCACAAUCCCUCCUCCGAAUGCUCCUGAUGGCGAUUUUGUUGCACCUCUCAAAUUUGGCAGUGCCGGCACGUCGGGUUCAGAAGGUUAUCGGGGCAGUAUUCCCGCUAUCGUUGGCGCUAAUACCUCUCCUAACGAGGCCGAUAACGACCGACUUCGAGAGGAAAUCAUGCGUUCGUUGAGCAGAGAAAACUCCCAGGAACCGGAAGAACAACCUCGGCCCUCUCGGCCAGAAGCAACUAAGGAUGAUUCUAUCCCGCACCAGUAUGAAAAAUAUUGGGAUGGGCAGACAGGUCCAGGCGACGAAUCCCAAAAGGAACUCGUCUCUGAGUCUCAUCCGGACUGGGCAAGCUCUCAGCCUCUUGCUGCUCGGGAUCCUUAUUCACUCCCUUCACAAGAGCCGCAGCCUGUUUCAGCCGAAGCCAAGAAGCCGAAAUUGGGCAGACGAUUCUCGUGGGAAUCGGCCUCUUCAGGCGGACCUCCUCCUGUUAACUAUGAUUCGCCUGAUGGUUUGGCGCCACAAGCACCGGAUCCCAUUCCCGACCACGAAGAACUCAAUCUAUCAUCUCAAGGGGUGACUGAUGGGGAUGUUUCUGGCGCUGAAAGUCAGAAGGCAGAGAAGCCUAGACUCUCUAUUGUUCCCCCAGUAUCUCAAAAUCCCACUCCCCCUGAGCAAGUCAUUCCUCCGCUGGAGGGAUCACAACUAGACCUGUCACUUCCUGACUAUACUGGAUCCUCGAAGAUUGAUGAGACUAGGCUUCAGGGCUUCCGCGAUAUUCUUCAAAUUUCCACUCCAGCUGCGCGUGUGCGAGCCUUUGAGGAGACAAGAACCCAAUUUGCAACUCUUGACACUGGUUUGAACCACUGGCUUCAAGUUACGCUUCAUGACCAGCCGCAACAUGCCAACCUUAUCCAGGAAAGCCAGACUCUAUCCUCCGGUUUCCCCAAGGCCUCUCCUACCACUCGUCGAUUCCCCAAACUGACGUCCCUUGGUAAUUUAUCUGCCACGCCUCGGGAGGACGGCACUCCUACCAAUACCAGCCACAUACGGCGCCCCUCUGGCCAUAUUGGAACCAUUGUGAAUAGGCAAAACGUCGAGCAGCAUGGAAAGGAGUUCUUGCACACGGCAGGCAAAUUUGGUGGAAAGGCCGGCGAGGCGGCCAAGGGCCUGUUCGCUAAGGGAAGAAGCAAAUUCCGACAAGGUGGAAACGACAAGGGACAAUCACCGUCUGCACGCAAAAGUUUGCAGUUCCAAUUCUCUUUCCAGUCCGAGUCGGCCAACUCCACUGGCUACUCUGGUAAAACACCCCGACGCAGCUCUCUCAACUUCAACAGUCUACCUGUCUUCAAAUUCGGGCGCAGUGAUGGUUCUGCUCCCGAUGCAAGGGACCCCGCCUCUAUAGAAAAUUCACAGGAUGAACGUGAACGUGAACGCGAGGGCAAACGCAUCAAGUCCAGAGGGUCUUUGGAUUUAUUUGGGUUAAGCAAGAAGGGUAAUGAGAGCAAUGAAGCUAAGCCUGAAACAUCGCAGUACAUGAAUGAUUUUGAGAAGGAGAUGAAUGCUGCGUUGGGACUUUCACCAACAGAAACCCGUGCUCAACAGUCUAAACAGCAAGCCAUUGCCGAGCCCACUGAAUCGUCACAAUUUGUUAGGCGUAUCCAGUCUACUCGGCCCACUGAAUCUGCUGUGGAAGCCUUUGAAGCUUCAAGGGAGAGUGAUAGUCUGCAGCUAUCGUCGAGGGAAGAACCGAUGAUCUCGGCCGAUGCAACCGAUGCCACCAAUACCGCCGAUGCCAAUACGUACCUCACAUCUUUGCCCUUGCGAGAUAUACCAGAUCCCGAGAAGGACCUCUCAAUCCCACCUGCUGAACGUACCGAUGACUCUGCUUCUUCUGAAGUAGCAGAUCCGCCAGGACCUGAGUCGAUUGACUUGCCACCAGUGCCGCCCAAGAAUCUCACACCCGAAUCUGGCCUUAUUGAAGAUCGAUACCAUCAGAAGCCUCAAGAGAGUCUUGUGCCUCCACAACCAAGCCACACUCCACGCCAACCAUCUGUCUCGACACUCGGAGAUGAAAAUCAGUCUGGAGCUCACUCCUCUUCCGAAGAUGACAGCACUCCACCUUCGCCUAUCCAAGCAGCAGCUACUGAGGACUUCAUUGACCGGACUCCCCCUGAAGACCCCAUCUAUGGCAAGCCCAUUCCACCAACCAACCUUUCCCAAACUUCGCUUCCACCAGGCGAGUCUGUUCUUCCGGGAUUCGCCCCUUAUCCGCCAAGGCCCCCCAGCCCACAAGAAGUCCUCGAGUCCAAACGCAGGUCAAUCAGUGGACUUCCACCAUCUACGCCCGGCGUACAAAGUCCGCUGAGGAACGAAGUGAGGUAUUCACCCGGAACCCGCAGCAGCAUGUUAAGCUUCGGCAGCUUCGGUCGCCAAAGUACCAGUAACAGCAAAGGAGGAACUCGUCCGAAUACGCCGGGCAAUGAUUUGUCACAGCAAGAUUCAUCGGGCUCCGCUGCGCAAAACGGUGAUUCAAAGAUGGACAAAUUGAAGAGUUUUGGACGGCGACGUCGAGCUUCGGUCGGUAACCUCCUGACUGGUAUCCAAGGCGAGCUUCAGGGAGGUAUCCAGGGAAAUCAAGAAAAAUCUCAAAAGAAACGCGGCUUCAGUCGCAUCAGCGGUUUUUUCGGUCGUCAACAAGAGACCCAGCAGCCACCUACCCAGCCUGAGGAACGCAGGAAAACGAUGCAAGAUCCUCUUGACAUAAAGGAUCUACCCACGCCGCCCUUUAACUGGGAUAGCCAUCGUAACUCUGCAGAGCCGAAUGGACACUCGUUAGCCAACCGCCACUCUAUGGAUAAGGCUCUCCCAGUGCUACCGGCCCAUGAGGAUGGAAGAGGCACGGCGCGUUCGUCACUAGAUCGUCCACGCGCAAGCAUUUCUGGCCCACCCACAACAUCGUCGAACCCCAUGUCUGGCAAUCGAUUUUAUUCUCAGCUCAUGUCUGGAGAAACCCAGAAUACCCCUCAGCAUACUCGUUCCCAAAGUCAGCCUUUUAUGAUAAGCCACCCUCUCUCCCCGGUGGCCCCAUCGAUAUCAGAAAACAGCAGUUCACCCCCAUCAGCUUCUCUGGAUGAACUUGAAGAGAAAUCGCCAGAGUUGGAGUCGUCACCUCCAGUGCCGCCAAAGUCACCAGUGUCUGAACUAGACCGGACUGAGGAAGAUGCAAACGCACAACAGAUAGAUACCCCGGCUCAAGCACCAGAGCACGAACAAAAACAGACCUCCGCGUCAAAUCUAGCUCCCAGUCUCAGCGUGCGAUCCCGCGAAUCCACUGGAUCCGACUUCGAAUCCACCACCUUUAUCGGAAAAAAUAACGAACCCCAAAAUAUCUUCGUCUCCGGCACGUCCACUACUUUCUCGCACCCCACUCGCGAGCGCGAGGCGCGUACUCUCAACGAGACGGCUGAGCCGGUUGAGUUGGCUCUUACUCGAGACGACUCGAGCGAGGAGAUUAUCAUGUCUCCCACGGCGUAUCCAGGACAGGAGUGGACGCCGAUGCAUUAUUAG